GACCGUCGCUUGUGAAAUGACGUCAGGAACGUGCUCGCCAUAAUGAUAAUAAACUGUGGACACAAAGCUACAAUAAAGCGAAUUACCCGUUGGCUGUGAACUUGUGAUCGGUACGUAGAUACUCGACCCUAAAGAAUCCGUCCUGGACCGGUGUCUGUGGAUUAUAACCGGAGAAGAACUGAGCGCAACGACGAGGCUCGCGCCAUGGCGUCGGCAUCUGCCAGCGUGGACUCCAAGGCAGAGCUGACCGCUCUCCUGGAGCAGUGGGACACGGAGCAACACGGCAGCACGCAGGAGCUGGUCGGCAUCCUCACCAAAAUCUCCGAGCUGGUUGAGAAAGAGACCGAGGAGUACCACAAAGCGGACCCCGACCCGUUCGAUGACCGACACCCUGGGAGAGCUGAUCCCGAGUGCGCGUUAGGACACCUGCUCAAGAUCCUGUUCAAGAACGAUGACUUCAUGAACACGUUGGUGAAUAGCUACGUGAUGACCAGCAGAGAAUUCUCCCUCAAUGCAGCAGCCUGUCGCCUGCUUCAGAACAUCAUGCCCGGGUUGGAGACGGCCGUGGUGUUUCAGGAGAAGGAGGGCAUCGUGGAACAGCUGUUCAAGUGGGCGCAGGAGGCCGAGCAGCCCCUCAGAAUCUACGCCACGGGCCUGUUGGCCGGCGCCAUGGAGAACCAGGACAUCGCCGCCAACUACAGGGAGGAGAACUCCGUUCUGGUGCCUCUGAUGCUGCAUCGGAUGCGCGAGCUUCAGGAUCAGGACGCGGAGAACAGGCGGGACAUCAAGCGGCCGAGCCCCCGGAAGACAAUGAGCGAGCCGCUGCUGCCUUUGGACGAGGAGACGCUUGACGGGGGCUUCGAGGAGGAGCCCUUCGCACCGGGGAGGAACGGCGCCGAGAGGGAGGCGACGGGGCCGCCGGAGGACGCCGGGAUUUCCUUCUCGACCAUCGACCCCGAGAACGAGCUCUCGUUCCGGCUCAACUCCCCUCUCAGGACCGGCAGCCGCGGCCCCUCGACCCCCAAGACCAUGAUGAAGCCCAUGUCGGCGCCGGGCCGCCAGGGCGCGUCUGACGGGUACCUGAAGAGGAAGGCGGAGAGGGAGAGCGGCAGGACCUUGAAGCAGAAGCUCAACUUCUCUCUGCCGGACCCGGACAGGAACUUCAGCGAACUUUCCAACAGCAGCUGGUCGGAGAUGAGCCCCUGGGUGAUCGGCAACAACUACCACCUGUUCCCUCUGACCCCCGAGAUCGAGCAGAGGCUCAUCCUGCAGUACCUCACCCCCCUGGGAGAAUAUCAGGAGCUGCUGGCGGUGUUCAUGCAGAUGGGCGCUCGGGAGCUACUCAUGCACUACGUGGACCUGAAGCAGACCAACGACGUGCAGCUCACCUUCGAGGCCCUGAAGUACCUGGCGUCUCUGCUGCUGCACAAGAAGUUCGCAGCGGAGUUCGUGGCCCACGGGGGCGUGCAGAAGCUGCUGGAGAUCCCCAGGCCGUCCAUGGCUGCCACCGGAGUGUCUCUGUGCCUGUACUACCUCGCCUACAACCAGGACGCCAUGGAACGGGUGUGCAUGCUGCCCCACUCCAUCCUGUCGGACGUGGUCGGCUACACGCUGUGGCUGCUGGAGUGCUCGCACGCGUCCGGCUGCUGCCACGCCACCAUGUUCUUCUCCAUCUCCUUCUCCUUCCGCGCCGUGCUGGAGCUCUUCGACGGGCAGGACGGCCUCCGGCGCCUCGUCAACCUGAUCAGCACCCUGGAGAUCCUGAACCCCGAGGACCAGGGGGCGCUGCUGAGCGACGACGAGAUUUUCUCCAGCAGGCAGACCGCCAAGCACACCUGCAUGGCCCUGCGCAGGUACUUCGAGGCCCACCUGGCCAUCAAGGUGGAGCAGGUGAAGCAGUCCCUCCAACGCACAGAGGGGGGCGCCCCCAUCCACUCGCAACCGUACUACAAGGCCGUGAGCUACAGCCGCGAGCAGGUGGUGGAAAUGAUGGAGUUCCUGAUAGAGUACGGCCCGCUCAGACUCUACUGGGAACCAGCGGAGGUCUUUCACAAGCUGUCGUGUGUCCAGCUCCUCCUGCAGCUCAUUUCCAUCGCCUGUGACUGGAGCACCUACUAUGGCAGGAGCGACACGGUGCGCUAUGCUCUCGACAUCCUGAGCAUCCUCACCGUUGUCCCGAGGACGCAGCUGCUGCUGUCGGAGUCCGUCGCCGUGCUCGACGAGGGGGGAGCCACCGUCUCCACUGUCGGGAUGAGUAUCGUCCUGGCCGUGGCAGAGGGAGAGGUGUUUGUGAACGACGCCGACAUUCAGAAGUCCGCCCUGCAGGUCGCCAUCAACUGCGUGUGUGCUCCGGACAAACGCAUGUCCAGCAUCGGCAAGUUCAUCGCGGGGACCCCCCGCCGCCGCCUCCCCCAGCAGAGCAAGGCCAGCGAGAGCGUGCUCACCAAGAUGUGGAACGUGGUGCAGUCCAACAACGGCAUCAAGGUGCUGCUGUCCCUGCUGACGGUGAAGAUGCCCAUCACCGAUGCGGACCAGAUCCGAGCCCUGGCCUGCAAGGCUCUGGUGGGUCUGUCUCGCUCCACCUCCGUCAGACAGAUCAUCAGCAAGCUGCCUCUGUUCAGCAGCGGACACAUCCAGCAGCUCAUGAAGGAGCCCGUGCUGCAGGACAAGCGCAGCGAGCACGUCAAGUUCUGCAAGUCGGCGGCCGAGCUGAUCGAGAGGAUCUCCGGGAAGCCGCUGCUCAUCGGCACGGACGUGUCCCUGGCGUGGCUGCAGAGGGCCAGCGUGGUCGCCAAGUCCAGGAUCUCCUUCCCCGAGAAGGAGCUGCUGCUGCUCAUCAGGAACCACCUGGUGGCCAAGGGCCUCCACGACACCGCCACCGCCCUCACCAAGGAGGCGGAGCUCCCGAUGGCGUGCCUGUCCCUCUCGACGCACGUUGGCCCCGCUUUCCCGCCCGUCGCUCCCCCCCUGCCCGCCUCCCCCGCCGCCACGUUACCCCGCACCCCGCGGCUGGCCAACGGCGUCGGGUCGAGACUCGUGUCCCACUCCUCCAGCCCGGGCUCCGGCAACCCGCGGCCCUCCACCUCGCAGCCCGCCGUGUCCUCCUCCUCUGCCUCCUCCUCCGCCGCCUGCGCCUUCCCGGCGCCGCCCGCCGCCCCGUGCGCCAACGGCUCCCCGCUCAUCGGGCGGAUCGUCUUCUCCCGCGAGCGGGCGGCCGGUUGCGUCGCAGCGAGCUGCAAGAAGCCCCGCGUGCUGAGGCAGAAGUCCGACCACGGCGCCUUCAGCCAGAGUCCGGCCAUGAAGAAGCAGUUUGACCGGCACCUGCCGUCCCCGCCGGCGCUGGACAGCAUCAUCACGGAGUACCUGCGGGAGCAGCACGCGCGCUGCAAAAACCCGGUGGCGACGUGCCCGCCGUUCUCUCUCUUCACCCCGCACCAGUGCCCCGAGCCCAAGCAGAGACGGCAGGCGCCCGUCAACUUCACGUCCCGCCACACGCGGAGGGUCAUUUACCCCAAAUACGGCGGCGUGGAUGGAGGCUGCUUCGACAGGCAUCUCAUCUUCAGCAGGUUCCGUCCGAUCUCCGUGUUCAGGGAGGCGGAGGAGGACGAGAGCGGCUUCAUGUGUUGCGCCUUCUCGGCGCGCGAGCGCUUCCUGAUGCUGGGCACGUGCACGGGGCAGCUGAAGCUCUACAACGUGUUCACGGGCCAGGAGGAGGCGAGCUACAGCUGCCACAGCUCGGCCAUCACUCACCUGGAGCCCUCGCGGGAUGGCUCUCUGCUCUUGACGUCGGCCUCGUGGAGCUACCCGCUGUCCGCUCUGUGGGGCAUGAAAUCAGUCUUCAUCAUGAAGCAUUCCUUUCUGGGCGACCAUUACGUGGAGUUCAGCAAGCUCUCGCAGGAUCGCGUCAUCGGGACCAAGGAACACAUCGCGCGGAUCUACGACAUCCAGACGGGUCAAGUCACUCUGACCUUGAACAACCCGGACCUGGCCAACAACUACAAGAGGAACUGUGCUACGUUCAACCCCACGGACGACCUGGUGCUGAACGACGGCGUGCUGUGGGACGUGCGCACGGCUCAGGCCAUCCACAAGUUUGACAAGUUCAACAUGAACAUCAGCGGCGUGUUCCACCCCAACGGCCUGGAGGUCAUCGUCAACACGGAGAUCUGGGACCUGCGGACCUUCCACCUGCUGCACACCGUGCCCGCUCUGGACCAGUGCCGAAUCGUCUUCAACAACAACGGCACCGUCAUCUACGGAGCGAUGCUGCAGGCCGACGACGAGGACGACAUGAUGGAGAUGCAGAUAAAGAGUCCCUUCGGUUCGUCCUUCAGGACCUUCAAUGCCACGGACUACAAGCCAAUCGCCACUAUUGACGUCAAGAGGAACAUAUUUGACCUUUGCACUGAUACCAAAGACUGCUACCUCGCUGUGAUUGAGAACCAAGACUCUGUGAACACGGACACCGUGUGCCGACUGUACGAGGUCGGCCGCCAGAGACUUGCAGAGGAAGAGGAGGAGGAGGACGAGGAGGAUCAGGAGGACGACGAUCAGGAUGAGGAUGACGACGACGACGACUCUGACGAGGACGACGUCGACGACACGGAUCCCCUCAUCGCCGAGCUGGAGAACGGCGGCGAGGACGAUGACGAAGACGGGAACGACGAGCUCUCGCCCUCCGACGAAGAGGUGUCCCGCCUCCUCGAGGACGAGGACGACUCCGAUAACGACGACGCCGAUCAGGACGGCGACAACGACAGCUCCGACAACUCUGACCUCGAGGAUGACAUCAUCUUAUCCCUGAACGAGUGAGGGGCCGGCGGCGCCUGCGACCGAGGAACUGGACGACCCGCCGAGACCCUCCCGCCGCCUCGCGGAGGUUUGAGCUGCAGGAGCCGGGCGAGGAGGGGGGGGGGGGGGGGAAGGAACCAGUGGAUGAGGCGUGGAGAGACCCCGGAGAGACGUCUGCGCUCGGAGCGAAGGGACGAUCUCAGAGGUUUGCACACGGACCGACUCACUUGUGGGGCCAAAAAAGGAUGAUUUUAAACCAUAAAACGGGAAGAAGAAAAAAAGGAAACGGCAGGGCUUUGAUGAUGAGGGUGAAUGGUGCGGCGGAGAGAAGUUUUGUAUUUUAUAACAUUUCUGCUUUUUUGAGCGAACCUCUUCAUUUGGUAUCAACCCGCUCACUUUGUCCCCCUCUGUUUGGUAACAGAUUAGUGUUUGUUGUUGGGGGGGGGGUGAAGGAUGCGCCGCCCCCUCGUUGCCAGACCGUCUAGAAUAGAUGCCGCUUUUGAAUCGGGCAGCUAAUUAAAUGCACAAAACACAUCGCCGAUGGCGUCGAAGCCGCCUUCAGGUUUUACUUUGAAGAAGGAAAAAACAAAAACAAAAACGCCACACACACACACACACACACACUCUCUUUAGUGCCAUACUGAGACGUCGCCUUCCAAUCCGAGGAGCGGAAUGAAAUCUGCUUCUGUGUUGCUGAAGAUAGGGCCAACAGUUUGGACUCAGUGUUUUGUUACAGACUGAAAGGACGCGGCCCUCCGUGAGGAUCCUCCCGAGGUCCUCAGGAGGAUCGAUCUCGCUGAACCUGGACCGAGCUCGCAGCGAGACAUUGGAGGUCAAAGGUGUCGGUGAUAUUUCGACACAUUGUGAAAAACAAACAAAAAUGCCUUUCACUUGCACACUUUUUUGAGAACGUUUGCAUUUUUCUCAUGUUUGUUUUCUUGUUGCCUUGUAUCCGUUUCCUUUUUCCAUGAGAAGAACCUUGAUGGCGAGUUUCUCUGGAUGGUUUCUGUACAGCUUGUAUGUAUCUAAAGUAUUUUUACUAAAAAUAAAGACGGAAAAUGAC